UUUUGGUCGCGUUGGAGAAAAGAAUUUCUGCAUUCCCUGCAAGAACGCCAAAGAUGGCUCAAACCGAAACAGAAUCUCGAAGUCGGAGAUAUUGUUAUCGUCGCUGAAGAAGAAUCAUCCCGAAACUGUUGGCCAUUAGCUCGCGUAGUGAAUGCUGAGAAAGACGAAGAUGGCCUAGUUCGAAAAGUAAAGUUGAUGGUCGGCGAGCGGAGACUCACGAAGCAAGGAAGAAGAGAGAAGCCUCUCGUUAGCCUGGAACGUCCAGUCCACAAGUUGAUAUUGUUGAUCCAAGGAGAAAGACCGGGAAUCCCCGCCGAAGAGCCUGAUGACGAAUGA